GUGGUGUAAGCAAAGAAAGCCUGGAGAUGAACUAGGAGUUAUUGCUUUGCAGUAUACUGGCUGAACUUGGAUUAUUAUUAUUUUUUUGCGAAAUUUUAAACCUACCAAUGGACUCUUGUAACUAAUGUUUUCCCUUAGGGAACACGGCCCGUCUUAAGACAGGACGGACCAUCCUUAGACAGGGUGGCCCAUCUUUUGACAUGCUGCCCUGUCAAUUGACGGGCCAGGACAAACUUGCGACGUGGCGUUAGAUGUUUGCAUACAUCAAGACCUUGUAUUCACCGUAAACAAACUCCAAUAAAGUGAAAAAACUGGACUGCUGCAACUUUUUCUGGCGUAUUGUUGUAUACGGCUAGCUGAAAUUAAAUCAUAGUUGAUAGACAAAAACCCUGGUUUAGAAAAUCGGUAAACUUCAAAGAGCCAAAGAUCAAUUUUUCGCUGAUGUUGAAAAUGCGCAUUUUUAAGCUAACCGUGCACGCUGAUUCAAAAAUGGCAGAGCGACAAGAGAAAACAUUGCUUGAGGAAGAAACUUUUUACUAUUUAGACGACGAUUUUGAUAAAAUUUUAGAGUUUUUAGAAGAAAAUGAAAUACCAGAAGAUGAAAUAGAAUCUAUCGCUGAAAAUAUUAAACCAGGUUCGUUUAUGUGCGAAAUUUGUGAAAAACGUUGCAAGAGUAAAGGUGGGUUGAAACUCCAUAAAAUAAAGCAUACAUUAACUACACAAGUAAAUAAUGAAGAAGCCGAUUUUUUAAUCAUAACUGUUCAGAGAUUUUCUUGUAUUGUAGCUGAUUCCUGCAAAAAGAUUUUAGACAGCCUCUAUCCUGAGGCUAUUGAGUCUGAGUAAAUAAUCUUAGAAUUUGUAUGAUUCUGAGUCUACAAUUAUUCUUAUAAAAAGAGUUUAUAUUUCGGACCGCACAAUAUAAUGUUUUGUAAUUUUUCAAGGUACGCUACUUACAUGUAAUUAUAUCUUCCGCAUGAAAAUGUCUUUCGCAGGUGUAAACUCGAUCGUUUUUUUUAUCUACAGCUUAAAAUUCUCAUUGAGCUCACUACUUUUUGUUAUCACAUUCAGCCACUUAAAUAUCCCUACCCCUUUUUUUUUCUUCGACUAGUAUGACAUCCAACUAUAGAACAAUUAUCUCCCGGCAUUUUAUCGCAUCUCGAUAGCUACUUGAAAAUCAAUUUUUGUUCUAGUAAAAACAAAUGAAAACACAGAAGGUAAAAUUACCAGAAACUUUAGAGAUAGAGAAAUGUUCGUUCUGGCGCAGUCGACGUCGACUAAAGGGAAAUCCCUAAUUGUACUGCAAGUCACCAACACAAAAUAAUAUUAAAUGAUAUCAUAUGCUAAUAACUAACACAUAAUCAUACUAAUACAAAUAAUAACAUAUAAUAUUAAAUGAUAUAAACAACAUAUGACGUCAUCAACGCAUGCGCAAUAGCAGAAUAUGAGUAAGAAUAAUGACCAUGCGCCAGAAAAAUUUGUUGGUUGGAAUCAGAAAUCUAUAUAAUAAAGGAGAUGGAUUUGAAUUUAAAUACCGUAAAACAAUUACACGCCAUCGCGGAAACCCGUGGACUUACGGGCUAUUCAAAAUUACGUAAAGUAGAUCUUGUUGCUUUAUUAGAUACAUCCUCAGGACCUGCUCCUGCUCCAUUUUCACCAGAAGCCAUGAAUGUCUUUGAACGUGAGGAAAUGGCAAAGACUGGUCCCAUUAAAAGCAAGAUAGAGCCAAAUGUACCAUCACUCGAGGCAAUGAAUGUCUUUGAACGUGAGGAAAUGGCAAAAACGCGUCCAAUAGUAAAGAGUAAGUUGCGAGAAUUGUCAGAGUGGCUACUAUCACAUGUACCAGAGAGUAUCAAGGGACCGGUACGGCAAACCUUUGCAUCAGUUAAAAAUCGUAUACUCUCAUUAUAUCAUGGAGCAAGAAAGACCCUUCUUGGUGAAAUCGAGGAGGAGGCAAAUGAGGAUCAUGCAGAGGAUGAUCAAAAGGAGCAUGAUUUUACACCCAAGGAACAUAAACAUUCUCUACACAAAACAUUCAGGAGUUACCGCAUAACUGGUAUUGAUGGAACAGAUAAUAAUGGGUACUUGGACAUGGUUCGAUCACAUGUGAAAAAACUCAUUGAAAACCAAGUGGAAGAAAUGGGAUCUGCGAAAAUCCAAUGCUCGCUCUGGAUCCUAUGGAGAAAACCCAUUGAUGGUACCAACGAGUUUAUUGAGGUAGACAAGGUAUUCCACAGCAAUAUGACAUCAGUAUUUCAGGGAACAAUCGUGGACGAAGUGAUGGAUAUGAUGUUCGCACAAAUCAGAACACAUGUAGAAAACCCUGCAUUACCCAAAUCUGGGUUUAGCAUAGGUCGCAUUCAGCAUUUAGAUGUUGAUUUUCAUAAGCUGAAGCUAACGCGAGGCUUAUCAUAUAUCGAAACACAAAAGUGGAUAGCCACUAAGAAAGCGAUCAUCAACCCGAAUAACAACGAUGAAGAAUGCUUUCGAUGGGCUUUAGUAGCCGCCUUGCAUCAUGAGGAUAUAGCAAAAGAUCCUCAAAGAAUCAGCAAGCUGCGACCUUAUAUAGAUCGAUACAACUGGCAAGGCAUUGAGUUUCCAACAUCCAUCAAGGACAUCAACAAAUUUGAAAGAAACAAUCCCGAUAUUGCCGUGAACGUUUUGUAUGUAACGGGAAGGAGCUUUAAUAUCUUGCGGCGAUCAACAUUUAAUGAAAGAAAGAGACAGCAGGCUAAUCUUCUACUACUCACCGAUGAGAAGAAGAACCAUUACGUAGCCAUAAAAAAUCUAUCAAGGUUAUUGGGAAGCGAGAUAUCAAAAAACCAUGGUAAAAUGAACUUUUGCAUGAAUUGUUUAGAAGGAUUUCAAACAGUCACAAUCACCACAAUAUCAAGUUAG